AUGUGUGAAAAGUCUUACACCUCCAAGUACAACCUGGUAACUCACAUCCUGGGUCACCAGGGCAUCAAGCCCCACGCCUGCCCCCACUGUGGGAAGCUGUUUAAACAGCCCAGCCACCUGCAGACCCACCUGCUCACCCACCAGGGAACUAGGCCUCAUAAAUGCACCGUGUGUAAGAAGGGCUUCACCCAGACCUCCCACCUGAAGAGACACAUGCUGCAGCACACCGACGUCAAACCUUACAGCUGCCGCUUCUGUCGCCGUGGCUUCGCCUACCCCAGCGAGCUCCGUGCCCACGAGACCAAACACGAGCGCGGGCGCUGCCACGUGUGUUCCCAGUGUGGGAUGGAGUUCCCCACCUACGCCCAUCUGAAGCGCCACCAGACCAGCCACCAGGGACCAACUACUUACCAGUGUACAGAGUGCAACAAGUCCUUCACCUACCGCAGCCAGCUGCAGAACCAUCUACUGAAACACCAGAGUCCUCGGCCAUAUUCCUGUUCCCACUGUGGGCUGGAGUUUGUCCAGCUGCACCACCUCCGCCAGCACGCCCUCACACACAAGGGAAUGAAGGGUCAUAAGUGUGAGGUGUGUUCCCGUGAGUUCACCUUGUCAGCCAACCUGAAGAGACACAUGUUGAUCCACAACAGCAUCAGGCCCUUCAGUGCCACAUCUGCUUCAAGAGCUUCAUCCAGAAACAGACGCUCAAAACGCACAUGAUCGUCCACCUGCCCGUCAAACCCUUCAAAUGCAAGGUGAGUUUAUAUCCAGGGUUGGAACCAGU